AAUUCCAUUUUCGGAAAAUGAUGAUCUUAAAAUCUCGUAAAAAAAAAAAAAAGGAAAAGGAGGAAAAGUUUUUCUAUCAUUACGCGAUUCUGAGCCUGUAUUAUGCCGGAGUGUAUCCCCACAAUUCAUCACGAUGUCACUGCAAUUGUUAAACAAAUCUACAAAUCGGUCACAACUGCCAAUCCGUAAAAAUACGAUCUGUUUUAUUAUAAUACAUUUUGCAAUCAUUUCGACAAUUGCCUUGUUCAUAAAUAGUAAAAGAAAAUAGUGUAACAUUGAACGAAGGAAACUGCUUCAAGAUUCCAUUAUCAAACUAUCAUAUUAUGCUUGGCUAUUUUAUUCGAUUGUCCUUUUUUUCUUUUUUUUGCGUGAGGAGGGGAAAAAAAUGCUGUUACGCAUACCCAGUGACCCGCAUCACUGGGGUUAUGUGGGGGAGUCGGGCGGAUGUUGUUGCCAUACCCACUAAAAACCCUUCCCCGCCCUCCUUUCUCUGCUUUGAGGGCUGACAACCCCAGUAAUACCCGGCGUCGGCAAUCAUCAGGGUUGUCCUUUUUCAUGCUCCGUAUCUCCUUCUUCGUUCAAUUACUGCUCGCUUCAUCUUCUCAACCAGUUCAAUGUUGGGCUGACCUCCUCUGAAAAAACCAACACCACACGCAGUUCCCUAGUGGUCACCUAAUCUUAGAGUACUACCCCACCCGUGCCCAGCGUUGCUUAAGUUUCUCGUGUUCGGACGGGAACGAGUGUACUCAACGUGAUUUGGGCGUUGGCUUAUUCGGUUAUCCUGUGUUUUAUCUCGAAUUUCAUAUAUCAUUCAUAUUGAUUUAUAACUGUUAACUACAGAUUUGUGUAUUCUGCUUGUCUAACUAUGUGUUAAAUGUGGAUAUGUAAAUCGUGUUAUAUUCUAAUUGAUUAAUCCUUUAAAUGCUCACUGAACUGCUUUUAAUCGUCGUAAAUAAUGUGGUAUGAAAUGUUUCAUUUUGAUUAAUUAACCCCUACUGUGCGCUCAAUGUUCGUCGAUCAGUAUUGGUAUAAACUAAAUAUUCAAAAUGGCGAAAACUGCAAUAUUUAUAAAAUUGCAAAUAACGAAACCUGUUUUCCACAUCUAUCAAUUCUACAUCUAUCUAACAAUUCUUACAUCUUUCUGCAUCAAUUGAUUUCGAUGAAACUUGAAGCAUAUACAUAACCUACAUAAGUCUACGAAACGUAUCGUUAGAAGAUCGUAAUAGUCAUUACAGGUUUAGAUAAAAAUGUCAUGACAAAUGACUAUUACUGUUUUCUUCGCAAUCCCAACUAAUUGCAAUUUCUUUCCAAGUCUAUCUUCCAUAUCAUUUGGUAAUCUAAUCCUUUUAAUUUCUCCAAGAAAUUCAAGUCCUCUGGUCCAAUUUCUAAAAAGUAAUUCUGGUUUAGACGGUCCGAAUAUUAAUGUGACCUACUAUUUUGUACAAUUUAAAAUUUCCGAAUUUGUAUAAUAUUACGAGGACAAUUAAAAAAGGAAGACAUUAUAAAAAUAUGUGAAAUAUAUAAUAAAACAUUUUCUAUACAGUUCACUGCAUUAAUUGUUAAUUCGAUUAUUUCUGUUAUUUUUGUCCAAAUUGUAAUAUAGCUAACUCUACUGCUAAUAUUGCUAUCAGGAUUUAAUAAUUUCCAGGUACAACGUCGACUAAAUCUAUCUCUGUAAAUAUUGCCAAUGUUAAAUUUGAUAUUAACAGAGAUGGCCAACAGGAGAUUGAUGUUACAAUAUCUAAAAGUAACUUUAUAUGCGACAAUGUUUGAAGGAGGAAAAAAUACAAAUACAGCAAAGACAGCUGAAAAUACAGCUUCGUCGAUCUCAGAAAAUAGAAAUAAAUUUCGAAGAAUUGAAGGUGAUGAUGCAAAGGCCGAUGUAAAGCAAGAUUCAGAGAAUCUGAAGAAAGACUCAAUGCCAGAAUUUCCAGCGAUUAAGACUUCUAGUACAAUAGUAGAUACAUUACAUAUUUCCAACGCUUUUAAUGCUCUAACAUUGUCAAAUAAUAAAUACGUAAAAACUGCACAAACACUUGAACCAGUUUCACGUGCAUGCCAAGAAGAAUGGACCGAUAAAUGGAAUAACCUUGAAUUUCCAGCUCCCAAAUCGUCAAUUUUAACACCAGUUACUGUUAGUUUAUCUAAAAAACAAUAUUCAUUUGGUGACACAAGUACGAGUCAGUUUCUUGGUUCUCCAACGUCAGAAAGUAAAGAGUCAGCGCGUGAUAACGCAGAGAGUAGAUCUACGCCUUUCUGUUGGAAAGCAACAACGACAACAACAUUAUCAAGUCCAGCAUUCCAAGUACCUACUGCAGCACAAACUUUGCAUAAAUCUGGAACAUCCAAAUCAUCAAUUUUAAAACCACCUACUUUUAAUUUAUCUAAAAAACAAUAUUCAUUUGGUGACACAAGUACGAGCCAGUUUCUUGGUUCUCCAACGUCAAAAAGUAAAGAGUCAGCGUGUGAUAACGCAGAAAGUAGAUCUACGCCUUUCUGGUGGAAAUCAACAACGACAACAACAUUAUCAAGUCCAGCAUUCCAAGUACCUAAUGCAUCACAAACUUUGCAUAAUUCUGGAACACCCGAAUCAUCGAUUUUGGUACCAACUACUUUUAGUUUAUCUAAUAAACAAUGUGAAUUUGAUGGCGCAAUUUCACGUAAAUCUUGCACUUCUCCGGUGCUAGAAAAUAAACCUGCAGCUUGCGAUUCAACACCAACAAACCAAAAAGAAACAACAUAUAAUACAACACUCGGGAUGCCAACUGUACGUGGCACAUUGUCAGUGAAAUCAGUAGUAUCUGGUGAUAGUACUGUUAGAACGUCUACCGGCGAGUCAACGCCUCUUAUACGUGUACAUCAAAAAUUUAUAUUUAACGCCAUUCCUACUGAACCGGCUGUAAUGCCUGGGACUCGAUUCAAUUUUCCUACGAAUAUGAUACCUCCUGUAUCGACUCAGAUUCAAAUAUCGAUUGAUUCCACCGAUUAUACAUUUAACGGACCUAAUCCGGAACUAGCAGCAUUUCCGCAAUGUCCAACUACAAGUUCAUUUUCUAUAUCGCAACCUGUUACCCAAAGUCAACAAUUGUCUACUUCAUCAUCUAUUCCUCUAGAAUGCGUGUUUAAUUUUGAUUCGUCACCAGGAGAUCAUACAGCUGAACCUGGUUCAAUCCAGUCCGAAGGAUUUAAUUUUAAUCCCAAUACUAGACCAUCGUUCCGUUUUAGUGUUUAUGAAUUUAAGUAUCUACAAAAUAUAAAAUUAUUUUACACAUUAAUAGCAGGAUCUUUUUUCCAUAAAAAAAAUGUGUUGCCAUGUGUUGUUUUAGUGCACCUACUCAAGUACAACGAGAUACUGCGUCUACUCGAGUACAACGAAAUACUGCGUCUACUCUAGUACAACAAAAUACUGCCACCAUCAAUUACCGCCCAAUGAUCAGUCCCACUCGAUUACUCAAUCCACGAAAGAUCAGGAAAGCUUUUAGAAGAUUAAAAUAGGAGUCAAGUAACGGCAUUCUUUUUAUACAGUUGCUCAUGAAGGUAUUCAUAUUCUUGCAGAAGACACCUUUUAUGAAUAUACUAUAUGUCUUGAAAGAAACAUUUUGAAAUGUCAUUAGUAUUGUAACAAAAUCCGAUUGUCAUAGCUAUAUUGGUAAAGUUUUUAGCAAAUCUGAAAAUAUACAUAGAUAUUACAAAACACCUAACACAAGUAUGCAGAUAUUUUGUAGAAAUCAAUAAAGUAUUUAAACAGUCAUUUAACAUUUCAUCAAACAUUUUCCAUAUGUAUGAAAUAAGCCUAAAUAUUUACUGGAACCACUUUUGAGAUUUUUUCUAGGCAUACCAAGGAGGCUAUUAAUGCUGUGUGCUAAUCUUUAUUAAAUAUAUGUUUGUAAAUAACUUUUAUGUAUAUUUUCAGAUUGGUUUUUGGCUUUUCUAUCAUAAAAAUAGUAGUUGCAAAAUACUUUUAUGAUCCAUUGUAUCUAUUUCAUACAAUCGUGAGAAAACAAGUCGAAGACGCUUCGUUUUCGAAGAAAAAAGAAAAAAGAAAAAAGAAAAAUGAAACGAUUUUGAACAUUUUCUCGAUGCUGCUAUACGCACAUACUCUUUAUGAUAUAUCAAUUCUUGGAUCAAUAACGAACUUUCAUUAUUGAUGAGCUGCUGCUAGUGGAUGAGGAAACUUAAUAAAAUAUCGAAUGUCUGCAAUUUAUUGAGAAUAACGAGUUUAUGUGGGUAACAGAUAUAUCCUUUCAUUAAACAUAGGUCUUAUAUAACUCGUUUAUAGUUGAGAAGGAAAAUACUAAUCAGUACUAAUUAAAUUCAUGAAUUAAUAACUUUUUUUUUGUAACGAAAGAAAUGUUGCGAUGCAUAAUGUACAAUGUAUUGAAUUUGCUUCAUACAUUUAAUUGAUUCUGAACAAUUAUCUUUGCUUCAUUAUUUUUGAAUAAAUUCAGUAUUUACAACUUAAUAAUUGUAAUAAAAUUAUAUCAUUCAGAUAAUAAGAAAACGCUUAAUAAUAAUUAUUACGAUGCAAAAAAAAAAUAAUAAGUAUAUCUAUAACGAGAGAAAAUAUUAACAACAAUUGAUAUACAAAUAAUAAGUUUGUGUUUGAAAGUAACUUAUUGGCAAAUUGAUAAUGUAUCUUUCAACAUAGAAAUCUUGCAAGUUGUAAAACGUAGAAGGACGAGUUAAGUGUUCUGAGACCUUAUUAAAUCUGUUGCAACUGUGCAUAGCUAUUUGCAAAUCAAGAUGUGUAGAUGUUCGAGAUGCCGAAGCACUGUUCGUUAUGAAUAACACGCAGCGUAGUUGCACCUGUUACAUCUCUGUCGAGCACAAUUAUAUUAGUUCCUUUCGUAAUCUACCUGAAUAUACUACCUCCCUUCUCGCUAAUAAUACGGAAAUUGCAGAGAAUGGUAUAACGCAAUACAUUGUGUUUUUUAACUAAAGAUGAAACAAGCAUAAUUGUGGAUUAUGACAUUUUGCUCGAUUUUCUGAUUUUAAUGUCACUUGAUGAUAAAAGUAGGUGUGACAUUUUAAUAUAUAUAUACAUAUAUGUCGGAGAUGAAAGGACAUUGGAGUUUUUCUUUUGAAAUGUUUGGAAAGGUCCCCGAUACUUUAGUCCAGUUUUUUUUUUAUUAUUAUUAUAGCUGUAUUUAAAUAAUAAAGCUGAGAAAUAAUUAUUUAUGAUUUAAUCCGAAUAUGGAUGCCCUAGAUUUAUGGGUGCCCUAGAUUUAUGGGUGCCCUAGAUUUAUGGAUGCCCUAGAUUAAUGGGACGCGGUCACGGUCAGGGCAAGGACGUGUACUUAAUAGAGGUAUGAAGUAAAUGAAUAGCUCUCUUUAAAAACAAAGAUUGAUCCGAGGGGUACAGAGAGGUACGGAGAGGAGUAUAUAAGUUUUACAUUACACGAUAUAUGGUGUGUGUGUGUGUGUGUGUGUGUGUGUGUGUGUGUGUGUGUGUGUGUGUGUGUGUGUACACGUGUGUACACGUGUGUACACGUGUGUAUAUCGUGUAAUGUAAUGGGGGAGAGUAUAGUGCUAGUAGGUUUUAAUAUCGUUCACGUCAACACAAAAUCAAGUAUGAUGUACGGCCAAUCUAUAUACACGUAGUCACCAUUUGUCAUUCGCUACUCUCGUUACAACGGUUCCAACGCCCUUUUUCACGCUGACCACACUCCUUGGCAACCUGACAAUACUCGCUUCUCAAUUAAUUAACGGCCUCCCCUUAUAGCAUGACUCCGGUAUGCCCGGCACGCACAAGUUUCAGAGACGUGAACAAUCCAUGGUCAAGUAGAUCUCAAUUUCUUAGGGUUUUCCCUCGAUACUGCAUAUAUAUAUAUAUAUAUAUAUAUAUAUAACAUUUAUCGAUAUUGGGUGGUAUUAAAAUCAGAGAACUCCACAAUAUGUUUAUAUGUUUAUACUCCACUUAUAUAUUUCCAGAAUAUGAGCAACAAACAAAUAGAAUUUAGUUUUAUAUAUUUUGUAUUAUUUUAUGUACGUAUAUAACAAAAUUACUAACUUAACUUAUCCUAAGAUAAACUUGUAUUCAAAUUUAAUGUUACAGUAUAUAAAGAUGUAAUAGCUCCUUCAAAUAAA